UGUAAGGCUCAAGAUGUGGCUGCUGCUGCCGAUCCUCGCCUACACGGUGAUUUUUGUGUUCGUGCGUCACAUCUAUAGCUACUGGCGACGCAAGGGAUUUCCGAGUGAAAGCCCCUCGCUCUCCUUGCACUUUCUUGCUCAGGUCUAUCGCCGUGAGUUCCGGCACGUCGAUGCCAUUAGCGAUGCAUAUCAGAUGGGUCGCGAUCGCCUCUUUGGCAUCUAUUGUUUCUUUCGGCCCGUGCUGCUCGUCCGCAAUCUUGAGCUGGCCCGCAGCAUUCUGGAGCAGUCGUAUGGGCAUUUUAGCGAGUGCAAAUGGGAUUAUGUCAAGGGCUACAGACGAAUCAACUUGCUGGAACGACUGACGCCAAUAUUUAAUAGCAGUCGCUUAUCGGCCAUGUUUAACAAUGCUCAGCACGUGGCAAACCACAUGAUGCAGCACCUGUUGGACAAAGCGGAACAGGGACAGGUACAGCUGGAUAUGCAGCAGUUACUCAGGGUCUUUGCCGUGAAUAUUAUUGGCAAUUUAAUCUAUGGAUUGGAUGUCAAUAACUUUGAGCAAUCGGAUCACAUACUCAAUAAUUUUGUGAAACGUCCAGUUCAGUGCUGUGGCCUUCAAUCAUUCACCCUUCGAAAUGUGCCACAAAAAUCCUCUCUGGCCUAUCGCCUUCUGGACAUCAUCAAGCGCAAUGUGGCAUUGCGGGAGAUGGGCGGCAUCAUACGCAAGGAUAUACUUCAGUUGCUGGUACUGUUUCGCAAUGGCAAUGAUCUCAGCGGUGACAAGUGGAGUGCCGAAAAUGCAUACGAAGACGAUAAACUGCUUUCGAUUCAGCGAUUGGCAAAAGUAGCUGAGGAUUUGCUGCACUCGGCCUUGGAUAGCAUCGCCUCCACUUUAACACUAACGCUCUACGAGAUCGUUCAGCAACCACUGAUUGUAGAGAAGCUGCAGGUGGAAAUUAAAGAGCUCGAUUUGGUACAUGGUCAGCUGCAGUUCGAGCAGUUGGAGGAGCUCAGAUAUAUGGACAUGUGCUUGAGGGAAACUUUGCGCAAGUAUCCACCAUUGCCCAUUAUUGAACGCAUUUGCCGCAAGACUUUCAAAUUACCCAACACCAAAUUCAGUAUUGAAGAGGGUAAAACGCUGAUGGUGCCGCUGUUGGCCAUUCAGCGGGAUGAGAAAUACUUUGGGGAACCAUUGAAGUAUAAACCACUGCGUUUCCUACACGACAAAUCCGAGAAAACAAGUGAACAACGCCGUACAGCUCUUGUGGGUUUUGGCCUUGGUAGCGCUCAAUGUGUGGCACAAAAUUUUGCCAAAAUGGUCAUUAAACUGGCGCUUGUUAAGCUGCUGCACAACUAUCAUCUGGAAUUGGAUGCGGAUUCCAACGUGGAGGUCUCACAUCUACCAGCACCGUUUAUAACCUCAAAAGAUGGACUCAAAAUGCAAUUAAAAGCGCGAGAAAUUGUAACACAGAGCAAUUAUCGCAAAAAUUCAUUUUGAAACGAAUUUAAGCAACGAUUUUAAUU